UUUAUUUAUCGUUAAUUCCCUAAAUUUUCGAUUUCCGAUUUUCGAUUUCCGAUCGACGGCAAAUCUCGAGAUUUUUUUUCCGCCGGCAAAUUCAUUCGCGAUGUGUGAAUCCAAGAGUGUUGUACAACUUUCACUUCAUCGGAAACCCUAAUUUCAGUGUAGUGGAUCUACAAUUUCUUUGUGAUUUAGGCUUGAUCUGCUCUAGCUCUGGAGGAAGAAUCUCAAUUGAUAGAUUUUACAGCAUUUUUUCCAUCUUCUGCACAUAAACAAAUGAUGAUGUUUAUGGUGCUUGUAAGUGGACAACUUUCUGCGAUUUAGGAACAGUAUUUAUUUUCCUUUUGAAGAACUGUUGGUGGUGAGAAUUGACCUGAUUCUACAUGGAAGCAUACAGAGAAGAGGCUCUCAGAGCGAAGCAGAUCGCUGAGAGAAGAUUCGCAGAAAAAGAUUUUACUGGCGCGAGGAGCUAUGCAUUGAGAGCGAGGUCACUGUUUCCAGAUUUGGAAGGUUUAUCUCAGAUGCUUACAACGUACGAAGUUUAUAUAGCUUCUCAUGGCAAACGCAGCGGUGAAAUCGAUUACUACGCGGUUCUUGGACUAAAACCAUCAGCUGGGAAAAGAGAAGUGAAAAAACAGUUUAAGAAGAUGGCUGUAUUGCUCCACCCAGACAAGAACAAAUGUCUUGGAGCUAACGGGGCUUUCCAGAUCAUAUCAGAAGCAUGGUCGUUCCUGUCUAACGAGUUUAAGAAAAGCACUUUUUAUUACAAAAGAAAGAAACUUAUUGACUCCAUGGUGGUACAGAAAACCAGCACAGAGUAUGUCCCUGAGACAAACGCAGGAUUCGAUUGUUGUCCUCCACCAGCUUCAGAAAGACUUGAUACUUUCUGGACUGUAUGCACCUCUUGCAAAGUUCAGUAUGAGUAUCUGCGGAAGUAUGUGAAUAAGCGUCUUUCGUGUAAGAACUGCAGAGGAGCAUUUAUCGCUGUGGAGACUGGACCGGCUCCUAUUAGUACAUCGAUUCAAUAUGCUCCUCCUCCUCAUAAUACAACAAGUAAUGGCUAUGGAGGUCAUGGCUAUGAUGCUGUCUCACGAAUGCCUACCAAUUCAACUUAUUUCUUAGGUCAGUAUCCUGCACAUGGAUAUGAAUAUGUUACCAAUGAGUCAUAUGACUGGAACUCAUACGUGGGAACAUCUCCUGGGAGUCUGGAGUCAAACCGCAUGUCUUCAGUGUCCAAUGGAUAUCCUUAUAAGGUCACCAAUGGAGUCGUCUGUAAGGGAAGAAAGAAAGUUAAGGAAGGCUAUAACAGGACAAGCUCGGUGAAAAGUACAGCCUCUGAUAUGAUAUAUCCGAGGCCAUCCAAUUGGUCUGCUGACCCUUCCGUGAUUAAGGCCAGUAGACCUGAGAAGAAGAGGAAUGUUGGUUUGGGGUCAUCUGGUAAUGGAUUUGUUGAGAACACUGCAAAAUCUAAUCCUGAAUCGAAAGCAGCAAAUCUGGAUGGAAACAUGGAACAUGAGUUUAAACAUCCUGGCCAAACUUAUGGUUCAAAUAGACGGUGGUCUGCUGCAACAGGAUUGGAUACGCGGAAACUACUGAUCAACAAAGCUAAAACACAUAUCCAGCAAAGACUAGAGAUGAUGAGAUUGGCUUCAGUGGCAGCAGCAGCGGUGGUUACAGAAGACGUGACUCCCAUUGAUGAAAUAAAUGCCUUCUCCAAGGUAGGAGAUGAAGUAUCCAAAAUAGGAAGUUGUGUUCAAUCUAUUCGGAAAAUACACGGACCAAUAACAGUUCCAGACUCCGACUUCCAUGACUUUGAUAAAAACAGAUCGGAAGAGUGCUUUGAGGCUAGGCAAAUAUGGGCAAUCUAUGAUGAAGAUGAUGGUAUGCCACGGUUAUAUUGCGUAAUCCGGGAAGUACUCUCGGUUCAACCUUUUAAGAUUGACAUAGCCUACUUGAGCUCCAAAACCGACAUCGAGUUUGGUACGAUGAAAUGGGUGCAGUACGGUUUUACAAAGUCUUGCGGACAUUUCAGGAUACGGAACACUGACAUAGUUGACCACGUUAACAUAUUCUCCCAUCUACUUAAAGACAAGAAGACAGGAAGAGGUGGUUGUGUUAGAAUAUUCCCCAAAACCGGAGAGAUUUGGGCCGUGUACAAGAACUGGUCACCAAACUGGAACAACUCAACACCAGAUGAAGUGAGGCACCAGUACGAAAUGGUUGAGAUCCUUGAUGAGUACUCUGAACAGUUUGGUGUUUGCAUCGCCACGCUUGUGAAAGUAGAUGGCUACAAAACCGUUUAUUGCAGGAGAGAGGAAGAGAGUAGAAAAUGGAUACCGAGGAGAGAGAUGCUGCGGUUUUCGCAUCAAGUGCCAUCUUGGUUUCUAAAAGAAGAAACUAGCGGUGUGCCUGGAAACUGUUGGGACUUGGACCCAGCUGCUAUACCUGAGGAGUUGCUUCAAACUGGAGCAGGAACUGAUUAAUAUUAUAUCAUUUACUGUUUGCUGCAAGAGACAGAAGAGUAAGAGCUUUAUUUAUAUCCAUGUAACGGUUUUUAACUCAGUGUAGAAAAACCAAACACUUUAUAUCCACAAGAUUUCUGGAUUAUUAUGUCAGGAACUAUAUACACGCAAGCCUCUGUUUGUUCAUUGGAGCUGUUGUAUUAGCAACGUUGAAGAAUCAUUAGUUUGACUUGUUACUUGUUUUUACGA